GAUUAAAUUAUAUACAUGCGAUCUAGCCACGCUCAAAAGACUCGGAGUUGGGACGAGAGCGAGAGAGAAGCAAAUCGCUGCCCAAUAUACGCGGCGGCAGAGACGAAAUUAGGGUUUCUCUUACCGCAGAAUUCGCCAUGGUUCUUCUCCAGCCAGACCCCUUUUUGAAUGAACUCACUAGCAUGUACGAGAGAAGUACAGAACAGGGCUCCGUUUGGGUUACUCUCAAACGAUCUUCCUUGAAGUCUAAGGUUCAAAGGAAUAAGAUGAAAACUGCUGGUGACUCGAUUGAGUAUAGAUGCCUCAUCCGUGCAACUGAUGGCAAGAAGACCAUUUCUACCUCGGUAGGAGCUAAAGAUCAUCAGCGCUUUCAAGCUUCUUAUGCCACGAUUCUCAAGGCACACAUGACUGCUCUAAAGAAGAGGGAGAGGAAAGACAAGAAAAAAGCUGCUGAAGGAGCGGUGUCGAAGAAGUCACGCCAAGUGUCGUGAAAGCCAAUUUUUCAGCAAGGCACUUAGGACUGCUCCCAAAAAAAAGGGAGAGGAAGGACAAGACAAAAGCUGCAGAAGUAGAAGAAGAUGCCACAAGGGGUCGCAGAAGCCAAUUUGUUACUAAGUUUUGUCAAUACGAGUACAUUAUCCAUUGAUAUUCAAAUGCUUAUAGUCUCUGGAGAUUUUUUCGACCGGGCGGCCUCUGAUUACUAUAUUUCAGUAGCUAGAGUUUGUGAACAUCUCAUCUUCCGAGUGACCGCUUACAGUCUUUUUUAUGCAUCUUUCUUCGAGUCAGGAGAGUGUACAUUACUCUCUUUGAUUGCUGCUUUGACGUUUUAUGAUCAAUUUCAUC